AUGGAUUUUGGGAAUGAGGAGAAGGAAGAGGAAGAAAAACCUGAAUUUGCACAGGGUGUCCUGUCGCGUCUGUCGGUGCUGGAGCGCCGGGAUCGGGGCCGGGCGCUGCGGGAGGAGCGUCGGGAGCGGCUCCGGGAGCGCCGGGAGCUGCUCCGGGCCCGGAUCCGGGAGCUGCAACAGCGCCGGGAGAGGCUCCGGGAGAGACUCCGGCACCCGGCCGGAAUUCCGUCGGAUCCGGGGGCGGUGCUGAGCUGGAAACUCCGGGAGCUGCGGCAGCGCCUCCGCCUCUUCUCCCUCACAGGGAUCAGCGGGAAGCUCUGCAGGGGCGGCGCCUCCUUCUCCUUCCACCCGUCCUUCGAGGGCUCCGUCCUGCGCCCCUUCCACCUGGAGCUGCUGGAAAAACGGGAACACCGGCCGGAAAACCGGGAAUCCCGGCCGGAAAACCGGGAAUCCCGGCCGGAAAACCGGGAAUUGCGGCUGGGCCGCCAUUCCAUCCCGGCCUUCAUCCCCCUGGAGCGGCUGAGGCGGGAAUUCCUGCCCGGACGGCUCCGCCUUUUCCUGGGAAUUCUCUUCCGGCACCUCAACGCCGUCGUGGCCAGGAGGGAGCAGCUGCGCCGGGCUCAGGAGGAAUUUCCCGACUGCAUCCAAGGAAUUCCCUGCAGCAACUCCCUCUACAACCUCCUCAGCUUCCGCUACCGAAUUCCCGGGAAAAAACCCGGAAUUCCCGGCGAAAAUUCCGAAAUUCCCGGGGAAAAGAUGGAAAUCCCUGAGGAAAACGAGGAAAUUUCCGUGGAAAAUUCCGAAAUUCCCGGGGAAAAUUCUGAAAUUUCCAGGAAAAUUGGCGAAAUUCCCGGGGGAAAUGCUGGAAUUUCUGUGAAAAGCUCCCAAAUUCCCGAGGAAAAUGAGGAAUUUUCUGGGAAACAUGAGGGAUUUUCCGGGAAAAGCGGAAUUCUCGGGAAAAAUCCUCCGGAAUUUUGGGUGCGGCUGCGCUACGGGGACCCCCUGCGGAGCCUCCCCACGGACGUCGAGAUCAGCGCCCACGCGCCGCCGGAGCACCGGGAGCUGUUCCGGAGCCUCUCCCUGCCGCGCGCCCUCGGGGCCCUCUCGGCCGCACAUUCCCGGAAAAUCCCGGAAUUCCCCGCGGGAAGCGGCUGAGAACGGCGGGAAAACGGAAUUCCCGGAAAAAAACACGGAAUUUGGGGUGAAACUGCGGGAUUUGGGGGGUUUG